AUGCAUUUCUAUGUUGAACCGACUGUGAGCCUAACAAAGGGACCAAACUCUUUAAUAGAUGGUGAAAAUAAAAAAAUAGCAGCCAUUUGUACAGCAGCCACUGGAAAACCUGGUGCAGAUAUUGAGUGGGAAGGUGGUUUUGGAGAAGUGGAAUCCAUUUCUACUUUAUUUCCAAAUGAAACCGUGACAGUUGUUGCUCGGUACAAAGUCAUACCCACCAAACUUGCCACAGGAAGACGUGUAACUUGUGUUGUGAGGCAUCCGGCUUUGGAAAAGGAGCUGAGAUAUCCUUACACAUUGGACAUACUAUAUGCCCCUGAAGUUUCAAUAACUGGGUAUGAUGGAAACUGGUUCUUUGGAAGAGAGCGUGUUUGGCUCCGGUGUAAUGCUAACGCAAAUCCACCACCCACAGACUUUACAUGGACCAGGUUGGAUGGGCAAUGGCCUGAAGGUUUAAUGUCUUCAAAUAAUACUUUGCAUUUCAACCAUCCAUUGACUUACAAUUAUGCUGGGACUUAUGUCUGUAAAGUGACCAAUUCGCUUGGACAAACAAGUGAUCAAAAGACGAUCUACAUUUUAGAUCCUCCUACUGCUACUACACGACCACCCAUGCUUCCAUUGCAUCCUUCAACUGAUGGCAUCAGAGCCUUAACAACAGAACCAGAACUAAUGCAUUUUCCAACAUCAAACUUGUCUUCCUUCAUUGCUGGCAAUCAGGGUACCAUCAUCGCUAGUGCAGUGUGUGGAGCUCUUUUUCUGAUACUUGUAAGUGUUUUGGUUGGAGUUAUCUGCUAUAGGAGAAGAUGGACAGUCUGUGGUUACUACUUUUCUAGGAACUACAUUCCACCAUCAGAUAUGCAAGAAGGGUCCCAAAUAGAUGUUCUCCAUUCAGAUGAUGUGGGCUCUCAUCCUGACAGCAUAAAAAAAGAAAUAAAACAUCCAGUGAACAGUCCAACAUCAAAAGAUUUAGAAGGCCAUCUGGAAGACAAUCCAGAAUGGAACAAUUUAGUCAAUACUAACAGAUCACAUGAAGGGUAUGAAAGACCAAUGGAAGACAGAACACUGGGAAGGAAGGACAUGGGUGGUGAAUGUUACAAUGACAAUGAAGACGACAAUCCAGAAUGGAAAAAUUUAGUCAGUUUUAAGAGAUUCAAAAAACUGUAUGAAAGACCAUUGGCUUAUUAUGAAGGAGGAACACUGAGAAGAAAGGACAAGGGUGGUAAAUGUUAUGAUGACAAUGAAGAAGACAAUCCAGAAUGGGACAAUUUAGUCAAUAUUAAGAGAUCCCAAGAACAGUGUGAAAGACCAAUGGAUUAUUAUGAAGGAGGAACACUGAGAAGGAAGGACAUGAGUGGUGAAUGUUAUGAUGACAAUGGAGAAGACUUUGUGUUACAUGGAGAUGGCUCAAUAGAAUCCCGGAGGGAACUGUAUGUGUAGUAACCACUGAUACUGUUCCGUUCAUUAGUUGAUCGCUUUCAGGUCGCUCAUUUUUAUUUGAGGAAAAACAAGCUUUUUGAAGUUGAUUUUCAAGCUUUUGAUAUUGUAAAAAUCUGGGUUAAAUGUAUCUGAGCUGCUUUAUGAUUUUUCAGUGCUGUACUACUG